CAACAGUUCGGUUGCUAGGGAUUCUAGGCGUCUUCCUAGUCUGGUUGCUAGCUAAUGUGCUAGCUUGCUGUCUGUCUUGUUUUGAUGCAUAACCUUGCACUUAGUCAACAUUUAAAUACAUAUACAUCUAUUUAAAGGUUUAAUAUUAAUUCAUAUUUCGAAGUAGACUGCGAUGUGAAAAAGCCAGUGUUUACAACUUCACAUGAGUUCCGGGAAGAUAAAGGAGAUGGGGGACAUAUUGGCCAAUGAAGCUGAUCUUCUCGGGAUGAUCAAGGAGUAUUUGAAGUAUGGUGAGUUUGAAGAGACAGUUCAUCACUUUGAAAAGGAGUGUAAAAACAAGGGGAAAGUUGUUCCAAAACCCAGAGGCAACAGUCUUCGGGACUCGAAAACGCUGAUUAUCCAGAAGGACCUGUUGAGCUCAUUUGAUGACGGCGACUUCAAGGUGUUCUUCGAGCUGUGGACAGAGUUUGUCCCUUUGGAGGUCAGGGACUGUGAUCCUCACGCCCAGAAACUAGAGUUUUACCUUCGUGUCCACUUCACCAUCUUCCCCUUGAAAAUCCACUUGGGCAGACAUGACCGAGCAGACUUUGAGGUGAGGAUCACCCACUUCAAGCACUACCUGGAGACGCGAGGGGCAGCACUCAGUCAGACCACUGAGUUCCUACCCUACUACGCCCUCCCCUUCGUGCCCAAUCCUGUGGUGCACCCCUCCUUCAGAGAUCUCUUCCAGGAUUCCUGGAUUCCAGAGAUGAAGCAAGAGCUGGAGAAGUUCCUGACUGUGACACUGAAAGUGUCCGACACUCCAAGGCUUCUGUCGUUAUAUAAGGAUGGCGGAAGGAACACCAAAGACACCAUACAGCAGCUGCAGCUGCAGCUGGCCGAAGCAGAGAAGAGGACCAGCAGCUACAUGAGGAGGUUCAAUAAGAUGCAGGCCGAUCACCACAACCUGAUAGGAGUCACUGCCGAGCUGGUGGACUCUCUGGAGGCUACAGUCAGUGGGAAAAUGAUCUCCCCAGAAUACCUCCAGAGUGUGUGUGUGCGUCUCUUCAGUAGCCAGCUGAGGCAGAGUGCGGCGCAGAGCAUCGACUUCACCAGGCCUGGCACUGGAUAUUACUCUAUGAGUCCUUAUGAUGACGGAUAUGCUUCCUCAUUGCUACGAGCGUCUAUUGUACCUCAGAGGCCUAAGGAGGUGCCGUUGCUGCCCUCUCUGGACUAUGACAAGCUGAAGAGAGACUUGCUGGGAGGAUCAGACAGACUCAAGGCCCUGCUGCUCCAGGCCCUGUGCUGGAGACUGACCCGUUCUCUCCAAGGUGAGCAGAGGGACACGGUACUGCAGGCCUACGUCAGCAACGACCUCCUGGAUUGCCACAGCACCAGACAGAAAUCUGUGCUCCUCUUGAUGAGGUCGAAGAACGAGAUGGUCAGGCAGUACAUGGCUCGUCUCAUCAAUGCUUUCGCUUCCCUCGCAGAGGGUCGUGUGUACCUGUCCCAGGUCCCGUCUUUGUUGAGGCUGCUCAUUGAGUCUCUAAGGACAGAGGAGAAGGACUCUGUGAGCAGAGAGAAUGUCCUGGGAGCCCUGCAGAAACUCAGCCUCAGGAGGAGCCAGCAGUCAGCCAUGAUAGAGGACGGUCUCAUUGACUGGCUGGUAGAUGAGCUGCAGGACUCUGACUGUCUGUCUGACUACACUCUGGAGUACGCUGUGGCCCUGCUCAUGAACCUAUGUCUACGCACCAGAGGUAAGAGGAAGUGUGCUGAGAACCCUAAAUACGUGCUGAAGGUUCUGACUGACCUUCUGGGACACGAGAACCACGAGAUUCGGCCGUACGUGAACGGAACCCUUUAUAGCAUCCUGUGUAUUCAUGCAGUGCGAGAGGAAGCCAAGGAGAUGAGUAUGGAGGAGAUCCUUCACUGCUACAGUAAAGAGGAGAACCCGGAGCUCAACAGGCAGAUUGAGUUUAUUAUCAAACAACUCAACUCAGGGGAGGUGACUGAAGAGGGACCAGAGUCUGAUGACGAAGAGGAGGAUGACGAUGAUGAGGAAGACGCGAUAGAGACGGACCUUGAUAAAGAGGAAGUGCUUCAGCUGCAGCCCAGAGAGUUGUCCGGAGAGACACUACUGACCACAGAGUACCUGGGGAUCAUGACCAACAUGGCGACGAGGGUGAAGAGGAGAUCGGCAGCUCCUCUUGGACGGAGUGUCGAUGAACCCCUGCAGCGACCCGUGACCCCCAUCUCCCACCGAAAUACACACAUCAUGGACUUCCGAGGAGGCAGCGGGGGCGACAGGGGUGAGGUAGGGUACCCCUUGAGCAGACAGAGGAGCGAGGACAGUCUGCCCCCGUCCCGCUACAGCUCCCGCCCCCCCACCCGCUCCGGCAGCCGGCCCAGUACCAGCGAAUCCCUGCACCACUCCAUGGACUCAGAGUGUGGCCGUUCGUCCCAGGAGUCUGGUGGGUCAUAUGAAGGACGAAGAGCCCAGGAGGGGGAGGAGCGCAACGGACACUCUGCCAGCAUUGAUAAUGUCCCCGGGUUUACAAGCCGGCCCAAGAUUCCCCGCACGCCGGAGAGUGAUGCACCAGGCGUGGAUCCUCGGAGGGGUCGCGUUGUCCCUCCACUGGCCCCCCAGUUCUCCCAGUCUGAGCCCCAGCAGAGCAGCAGCCGACCUGGAUCAGGGGCCUCCGUCACAGUGGGAGGGCCAGGGGGCGGCAGACAGAGCAGCCAGUCGUACACAGGAAGUGAAAAGGACCUUUCACCACGGGGCCGCCAUAUCUCCUGAGGAGCCUCCAGCUUCCUGUAACUCCAUCCGCAGGUUGUGAUCAGGGUCAGGGCAUUAGAGAGGCUAGAGGUCGGUGGAGAGGUGGAGGGAGAGAGAGAGAGGUAAGGAAGGAGGGAGAGGUGGAGGAAGGGGAUAGAGAAGGAGGAGGGGUGGAGGAAGGGGGUAGAGAAGGAGGAGGGGUGGAGGGAGAGCGAUGGCAUAGGAAACAAUGUGCAGGAUUGUAGCUCGGGGAGUGGCCCCUUUCAAACCUCGGUAUAGAACACUUUGGUAACACAACACUGCUCUCAAAAUAAGCACAACAACAAAUAAGCUUGCAAGCCGCUUGAUACACCCUUCCUACCUAACCAGCUGGCCAAGGCUUUCUUCUCUUUACCUAUCUCCCUCUUUUAACUCUCUCUCCUGGAGAAUAAACACCAAAGUACUCGCUCUCCCAUGUCAUCUUAAACACAUUGGACGUUACAUAACCAGCUACUGGACAAAAUUCAUUCAUUCCAAAUCUAUGGUACGGUGAACAUUACCAGCUAUAAUGUAGUAGCACUAUUUGCUAACCAAAGGCUGUGUCUCAUCAAAGAUGGUUGAAAGGGUUGAUCGAGGGUUGAUCCUUCCACCAUGUUGCUUUUCCGCUUGACUGUUAGGAAUUUUAAAUGAGUGACCCAUUGAGGAAGGAGGAAAUUAGAGUAUUUAUGACUAACACUAUGGUUAAUGGAGUAGGGCUCCUUUACAGACAUCUAUUUAUGACUAACAAUGUGGUGAUUACAUUGUAAAAAAAAAUGUAAUCAGUGUCUUAUAAAGUCCCUUCCAUUUCCGGUGACGAGGUGGUCGUAGUACAGGGUAUAUGGGUAUAUAACAUGCUCAGGUGAAAUAAAGCUGGACUUUGCCACCUUUCCCUUUUCAGUUUAAAAGGUUUUGAUUUGAGCUUUGUUUUGACUCGGCCUUCCUAAUCCAUUUGGAAUGUAUUCAGUGGCUCAAUGACUGAUCCUGCCUUCCAUCUGAACUUUAAUGCUCUCCAGUUAACGCUCUCCUUUUGAGCCUAUACUUAAAUGCUUAACUAAUACUUUCGUAGGAACUACAUAAAACAGCUGUAGACAGUAUUUUACAACCAACCAAUACCCGUCACAUUAUGGACAAAUCUCUCUUUUGUCCAGGAAUUAAUUUUUCCUUCGUUCUAUACGGAUGCUCAUAAAGAAACCAGGAUUGAUUUGUUUUUUUUGUCUGUGUGUUUAUCGAAAUCAAGUUGUUACGCUGGUCUGGAUCUUGACUUGUAAAAUAGUUUGUAGGUUGCUCAGCUCUUUGAAGGGAAAUGUCAACUAAGUGAAUAUCAGCUUUACUUUGAUUUGUUAUCGUAAUUCACUUUGAAUAGCUGCUUUCAUUGAACUUUUCAUUACGUUAAAUUAUAGUGUUUACAAGAAAGACACAAAGAUGAAGUACUUCUGUCAGACUAGUGUACAUUAGACUGUAGAUAAUCAUCUGUCAGGCUAGUGUACAUUAGACUGUAGAUAAUCAAUCAUCUGUCAGACUAGUGUACAUUAGACUGUAGAUAAUCAUCUGUCAGGCUAGUGUACAUUAGACUGUGGAUAAUCAUCUGUCAGACUAGUGUACAUUAGACUGUAGAUAAUCAUCUGUCAGACUAGUGUACAUUAGACUGUAGACAAUCAUCUGUCAGGCUUGUGUACAUUAGACUGUAGAUAAUCAUCUGUCAGACUAGUGUACAUUAGACUGUAGAUAAUCAUCUGUCAGGCUAGUGUACAUUAGACUGUAGAUAAUCAUCUGUCAGACUAGUGUACAUUAGACUGUAGAUAAUCAUCUGUCAGACUAGUGUACAUUAGACUGUAGAUAAUCAUCUGUCAGGCUAGUGUACAUUAGACUGUAGAUAAUCAUCUGUCAGACUAGUGUACAUUAGACUGUAGAUAAUCAUCUGUCAGACUAGUGUACAUUAGACUGUAGAUAAUCAUCUGUCAGGCUAGUGUACAUUAGACUGUAGAUAAUCAUCUGUCAGACUAGUGUACAUUAGACUGUAGAUAAUCAUCUGUCAGACUAGUGUACAUUAGACUGUAGAUAAUCAUCUGUCAGGCUAGUGUACAUUAGACUGUAGAUAAUCAUCUGUCAGACUAGUGUACAUUAGACUGUAGAUAAUCAUCUGUCAGACUAGUGUACAUUAGACUGUAGAUAAUCAUCUGUCAGACUAGUGUACAUUAGACUGUAGAUAAUCAUCUGUCAGACUAGUGUACAUUAGACUGUAGGUAAUCAUCUGUCAGACUAGUGUACAUUAGACUGUAGAUAAUCAUCUGUCAGGCUAGUGUACAUUAGACUGUAGAUAAUCAUCUGUCAGGCUAGUGUACAUUAGACUGUAGAUAAUCAUCUGUCAGACUAGUGUACAUUAGACUGUAGAUAAUCAUCUGUCAGGCUAGUGUACAUUAGACUGUAGAUAAUCAUCUGUCAGACUAGUGUACAUUAGACUGUAGAUAAUCAUCUGUCAGACUAGUGUACAUUAGACUGUAGAUAAUCAUCUGUACAUUAUGAGGUUUUAUUCGCAUAUAAAAUCAAUCACAAAACGUAGGCUACUUGAAUCCGGGUGACAUUUAACAGUUUCACCGAUGCUUUACUGUACAGUAUUUCUGUAAUAUGUAGCUGAAUUUGUGUGAUAAUGUAUUUUGACACCGUAGCAAUGAAUUGUCAUAUCUUUGUAUACAUGAAUUAAAUAAACUUUUAAGUGUUA